UGUCUCGGAGCCGCUUUUUCCCCGCUUUGGGAACUGACGCAGGGGUGAGGAGGCAAGGCAAGGCAGGGUAGCGGAGUCCAGGCUCCCAGCCGCGCCGAGCUAGCGAGGAGCAGCGCCAGAGCUGCGAUGCUGCGGUUGCGCCAUCUGUCAGGAGCCUGGGGGGCGGCGGCGGCGGCGAUAGUGGAAGGAGGGGAGGAGACUGACUGAGGCGGCUUUUCCUUAAGACUUGCAUUUGGAAAGGAAAAGAAAAAAGGGAGGAAACGGGAGCCCGACCCCAUCUUCCCCGCGAGGCUGCCCACGCGCCGAACAAAGCUGCGGCCGCCUUCUUCGUCUCGGCGUCCCUCGCUGCUGAGGCAGGGACUUUGGACGCCCACCCGUUUCCUUCCCUCCGCCGUCUUUCGGUUCUUGCGUUCGUUAAUAGCGAGCUCCGGAGCUGGCGGGAAGUGAGCGAGCGAAGGGACCUGGAGAGCCUUUCACGAGGGACUCCUCCUGCCUCCGCCCUUAGGAUCCUGCAGAGAGAGAGAGAGAGAGAGAGAGAGAGGAGGAAAACGAAGGGGAGGGGGCGUUGGUGAGAAAGGGGCUCUGCAGACCAAGUCCUGCUGCGUUUCAGACUCUCUUAAAGAAAGUGCUGAAAAAAUGUGGUGAAUAAAAGCUCGUUGCAUUUUCAGGAGGGAAACUUGUGGCAGAAAGGGAUCUGAAGGUUGUUGGAAGAGCAACGUAAAAGCAAAGGAGCAGUGGGUGGAAGCAAAACUCAUUCAAGCAUCACUUUGAAGGGGCUUUGGAGUCAAGAUCUACAUUUGUCCUUUGAAUGGCAUGUCGCAACCAAAGUGGAUGAACCUACAUUUCAAUUUAAAGUUCAGUUAAAAUGAUUUUAGAUAAUGGGCUGUGUGCAAUGUAAGGAUAAAGAAGCAACAAAACUGACCGAUGAGAGGGAUGGUAGUUUAAACCAGAGUUCGGGUUAUCGCUAUGGAACAGAUCCUACCCCUCAGCAUUACCCAAGUUUUGGUGUGACUUCAAUUCCAAACUACAACAAUUUCCCCACAGCUGGAGGACAAGGAUUGACGGUCUUCGGUGGUGUUAAUUCUUCAUCACAUACUGGUACAUUGCGUACAAGAGGAGGAACAGGUGUAACUCUUUUUGUAGCUCUAUAUGAUUAUGAAGCAAGAACAGAAGAUGAUUUAAGUUUUCAUAAAGGAGAAAAAUUCCAGAUACUUAACAAUUCGGAAGGAGAUUGGUGGGAAGCCCGAUCCCUGACUACCGGAGAAACUGGUUAUAUUCCUAGUAAUUAUGUGGCUCCAGUUGACUCCAUCCAAGCAGAAGAAUGGUACUUUGGGAAACUUGGGCGAAAAGAUGCUGAGAGGCAGCUGCUGUCCUUUGGAAAUCCACGAGGAACCUUCUUGAUUCGUGAAAGUGAAACCACCAAAGGUGCCUAUUCAUUGUCUAUUCGUGAUUGGGAUGAUAUGAAAGGUGAUCAUGUCAAACAUUAUAAAAUCCGCAAGCUUGACAGUGGAGGAUAUUACAUUACAACCAGGGCGCAGUUUGAAACUCUUCAACAACUUGUUCAGCAUUAUUCAGAGAGAGCUGCGGGUCUUUGCUGCCGCUUAGUAGUCCCUUGUCAUAAAGGAAUGCCAAGGCUCACUGACCUGUCUGUCAAAACCAAAGAUGUCUGGGAAAUUCCACGAGAAUCACUACAGUUGAUCAAGAGACUGGGAAAUGGGCAGUUUGGGGAAGUAUGGAUGGGUACUUGGAAUGGGAAUACUAAAGUGGCAAUAAAGACAUUGAAGCCUGGCACUAUGUCCCCAGAAUCAUUCCUAGAAGAAGCCCAGAUCAUGAAAAAGCUAAAGCAUGACAAACUGGUACAACUUUAUGCAGUGGUGUCAGAAGAACCCAUCUACAUUGUCACAGAAUAUAUGGGUAAAGGAAGCUUGCUUGAUUUCCUAAAAGAUGGUGAAGGAAGAGCUCUGAAAUUACCAAAUCUGGUAGACAUGGCAGCACAGGUUGCUGCAGGUAUGGCUUAUAUAGAGCGAAUGAAUUACAUACAUAGAGAUCUGCGUUCUGCAAACAUCCUGGUGGGGAAUGGUCUAAUAUGCAAAAUUGCUGAUUUUGGAUUAGCAAGAUUAAUUGAAGACAAUGAAUACACAGCCAGACAAGGUGCAAAAUUUCCUAUCAAGUGGACUGCUCCGGAAGCUGCAUUAUAUGGAAGAUUUACAAUAAAAUCUGAUGUUUGGUCCUUUGGGAUAUUACUAACAGAAUUGGUAACAAAAGGGAGAGUACCAUAUCCAGGUAUGAAUAAUCGUGAAGUCCUAGAACAGGUAGAAAGAGGAUACAGAAUGCCAUGUCCUCAAGAUUGCCCAAUCUCUCUACAUGAGCUCAUGAUCCAUUGCUGGAAAAAAGACCCAGAAGAACGCCCGACUUUUGAGUACUUACAGGGUUUCCUGGAAGACUACUUUACGGCAACUGAACCCCAGUACCAGCCAGGUGAUAACCUGUAAUUUGGGGUGGGCUGCGCAAGCCAGUUACCAGGUGUUCCAUUUGCAAUUGACAUAGGUUGAAUGGUUCAAGGCUGUAUCUUAGAGCACCAAAUAUACUGAAGCCAGAAGAUGAGAACUUCUAAAACUAUGUGUCCUAAAAUUCUGAAUAUCUUCUCCGAACAGAAAGGUGAACACGUGGGGGUUUUUUUUCUUAAUCAAAGACUUUGAAACUGCAUUGUUUUAAUGUUAUGUAAACUGCAAAAUCUUUGUUCACUGUAAAUAGUAAUUCAGUGCCAAUAAUUUAUCCUAGUGCUUUCCUUUUUUAAAAAAAAAAUGCAGAAUUAUGUGAUUUUAACUAGUUUUCUCCUGAUUCAACUAAAGUAUUAUUUUCCAGAAGUGGCCUCUUUUUGUCUACAUUUUUUCAUGUUCUAACAAAAUAAAAUCAGGACCAGUGUUUGGGGGUUUGGUUUUGUUUCUUUUAUAUAUAGAAAUAUGUAAAAUAUAUACAUACCUGUAUAUAUAGUCCACAGGUGCUAUAGCUAAAGGAAAUUCAUUUCAGAAACGGAUUCCAUAAUGCUGAAGCACCCUGAAAGAUUUCCCUGGGGACAUUGAACACUGGUGAUGAUUCUAAAACCGGUGACUGAAUAUUUGGCUUUUGCCCAGCAUGACUUUUUAAAUUGGAUUGCACUUUUUGGUUUUACUAUAUACCCGUAGGUUGUUGUAAGUUUUGAUUUUUCAAAACUCAUGUACAACAUUUCAACAACAUUUGCCAAGUGUGUCGUUUGAUUUUGGGAUUAGAAUUAAAGCAGACUUAAUUAAUGAAAAGUACCCCUGCCUGGACCGGAAGGUUGAAACUGCAAGUGCUUUUGUGUAUCAAAAUAUGUAAACUGAAUUUUCUGAUUUUUUUUUUAAAAAAAUAAUAAACAUUGUAACCCCAUGCAAUAGUCUCAACCUCAUAGCCUUUUAGUCAUAUCGAGAUGCUUUUUCAUUCAUCAAGCUCAGCUAGAAUAUCUUUUCUGUGUACCAUUUUCCAUCAUUAUAUAGGUGUUUUAAAUGUCCUGUACUGCUAAUGAAAUUACUUUCAAUAUGUCUGCAAGUGUUUCAGUAGAAUUACUAUGCACUUCUUUUCUGGGAAACGAGAGCAGUGGGAUGCACAAAAAUAUUACUUCUUCAAUUGUCUCUAUCAACCUUGAAUUCUUUCCUUCUUUCUUUCUAACCAAAAAGAAACAAAAACCCCAGUCCUUUCUACUUCUCUUUUAAGUUUUUUUAAAAUAAUGCUAUGAACUUAAUUACAUUUUGUUAUUGUUUUAUUUGCAAGUUUUAUGUUUUUUAAAUGUUUAACUGUCUUAAUUUAGUAAUUAAAAAGACCAUUUUACAUUUG